AGUUCUAGUUCAUGAGUGUUCUGUGGUGUAUACGCAAAGCAAAGCGGAAGUGUUCUUGCGGCCAGCCGUUGCGUUGUUUUUGUAAAAGCUACGUAGUGACGAGAGAAUGGAGUCGAACGGGGAAAGUCACAAGCUGAUGUUCGAGAAGGAGGGCGUGUACCUGCACACCAACGCCAAGAGGAGCAACCAGGACACCGCCAUCCCGGGGUUCAUCCGCAUCGUCGAGAGGGGUGGGGAGCCGGCAUUGGAGUGGAGCCCCCUUGAAGAGGAGAGAGGAAGCGCACCGGCUGUGUUCUACACCAAGAAGGAUGGAGAGGGAGGGGAGGAGGAGACGAACUUUGACCCCGGUUAUGAGCCGGACUGGGCGGUCAUCAGCACAGUGAAGAGGGAGCGAGACCCCACCCCGGUGCGGGAGACAGGUCAAUGGGGCUCGUUCUCCCUGCCGCUGUCCGAGCUCUACUCGCUCCGCCGCGCCCGCUUCUCCCUGGGGCGGAACUUCCUGGUGCUGACCAGCAGGGGGGGCCACCCCCUCCCGCCGCUGCACUUCCACCGGGGCGGGACCAUGGACCUGCUGCGGGCGCUGCAGCGCUACAUCAUCCUGGCGCCGUCUCCAGUGGACCAUCGGCUGUUCCUGGUAUAUCCACACGACUCUGGCGCCCUCUCGCAGUCGUUUGAGGAAUUGCAGCUUUUCGAAGAGGGCAGCUCUGACCUUGUGUCCCGGUUCAUUCAGGACCCCUACGCCACCACGUUCGGGGGGUUCUCCAAGGUCACCAACUUCUUUCGGGGGGCGCUUCGGCCGCCGGACUCCCCCCUGCACCCGCGGGCCCCCCAGGAUGGGCACGGGCCGCCCUCCGCCGAAGAGGAGCCCGGGUUCGAGCUCAUUACCUGCGGAGCCGAACUGGGACCGAAGCCUGAGGUCACACGGGGUCAGCCUCUGGACAAGUGGGAGGAGCUUCUGGACGCGGAGGGCCGGGUGACGGAUCCACAGAGGGUGAAGGAGCUGGUCUUCAGAGGGGGCAUCACUCCGUCCCUGCGGAAGGAGGUGUGGAAGUUCCUGCUGGCGUUCUACCCCUGGGACAGCACGGCCAAAGAGAGGGAGGACCUGGUGAGAGCGAAGACGGACGAGUACUUCAGGAUGAAGGUGCAGUGGAAGUCGGUCAGCGAGGAGCAGGAGAUGAGGAACUCCCUCCUCAGGGGAUACCGGAGCCUGAUUGAGAGAGACGUCAGCCGGACGGACAGGCACAACUCCUUCUUCUCCGGGAACGAGAACCCGGGCCUCACGCUCCUGCACGACGUGCUGAUGACCUACUGCAUGUACAACUUCGACCUGGGGUAUGUGCAGGGGAUGAGCGAUCUCCUCUCUCCCAUCCUCUUCGUCACACAGAAUGAAGUGGAGUCUUUCUGGUGCCUGACAGGCUUCAUGGACCUCGUGCAUCACAACUUUGAGGAGUCUCAGGAGGCCAUGAAGCAGCAGCUCCUGCAGCUCAGUAUCCUGCUCAAAGCUCUGGACCCGGAGCUCUGCGACUACCUGGACUCCCAGGAUAGCGGCUCCCUGUGCUUCUGUUUCCGUUGGCUACUGAUCUGGUUCAAGAGGGAGUUCUCCUUUGAGGACAUUCUGACGCUGUGGGAGGUGAUGUGGACCCGCCUGCCCUGCCCUAACUUCCACCUGCUGAUGGCCUGUUCCAUUCUGGAGUCGCAGAGGGAGGAGCUGAUUGGCUCCGACUACGAUUUCAACACCAUACUGAAGCACAUAAACGAUCUGACCAUGAGGCUGGACCUGCAGUCGCUGCUGCGAGGAGCCGAGGCCAUCUACCUCCAGCUGACGCGCUGCAAGGAGCUCCCAGUGAAGGUGCAGGAGGUGCUGGGCCUCUGCCCUCCCCCCAGCUCGGACGAGGAGAGCCCCGUAUCCGAGCCCAACGAGACGCAGCCGCUCCUCAGCCAAUCGCAGGCCGGGGGCGUGGCCUCCGCCACCGCCAAACCGAGCGGCAGCGGCUCUCCACCCCGCCCACCCCCCACUUACCCCUAACCGAAGGACUGAGCGAUGGAGGGAGGGGGAACGGGGGGUAACCGAAGGACUGAGCGAUGGAGGGAGAGGGAACGGGGGGGGGUCCUGGUGGGCGGGGUCAGAGUUGCUUCACGCUUUCUGGGCCGACCGGCGUGUGAACAACUGCCUUUACCUGCUUCAGGAAGACCACACGCCCUUACACUCCAGACCAGCAGGUGGCGGUAUGCACCACUUAACCAAUUAUGCCAGUUUUUAGAGUUGAGAGACAUUUCACCGGUCAUUUAAUGAAGGAAGUGAGGUCAUCGGCCCCAAACCCCUCCCCCCAUUUUGCCAAUCAAGUAAUCGUGUCACGUGACUAAAUUUUGGCUUUGCGGACGCUAGCUACCCUGAAAUCCGGCCGCUCGCGAUUCCAC